AUGUCGAUUCUCAACGUGUUAUCAAGUCGCUACUCGGAGCUCGAUGCUGUGCAACCCAAGGAUACUGAAUCUUCUGUCAAGCGAUUCCCGCCAUCGGGAAUCUCUGUCCUUAUUGUGGGUGCUGGAACAUCUGGAGUUUUCGCCGCACUUGAAUGCUGGCGAAAAGGACAUGAGGUGCGCAUCAUUGAGAAAGAACCUGAACCUUCUCAGUUGGCAGGCGAUGCGUAUUCAAUCGGUCCAAGUGCUAUCCGUGCCUUCAAGUCAUAUCCUGGAAUGCUCGAAACAAAUGACAAGGUCUCCUAUGAUCCUUGGCUCGUCUACCAUAAGCACACUGGAGAGAAAAUGACACCGCCAAUAUCUGUCUUCGGCGAGUCAAAGCAUUCCGAUGUCCCUAGCCGAAUGCAUAGACAUCUCCGGCCCAGGUUCCAGAAAAUGCUGCUAGAUCAUCUCGAGAAUAUUGGAGUGAAGAUUGAGUGGGACAAACAUGUUGUGGAAUACUUUGAAGACAUUGAUGCUGGGAAGGGCGGUGUGCUCUUGAGUGAUAAUGAGAGAAUCGAAAGCAACCUCGUUAUAGCUGCCGAUGGCGUGGGCACUAAAUCAUACAAGAUCGUGACUGAGACACCAACUCCUGCCAAGAGCAGUGGUUACUCACUCUACCGCACAGCUUUUCCACUCAAGUACGUGGAAUCCGAUGAGACACUGAUCAAACGAUUCCCAGAGUGGGAGGAUGGCAAAAGAGUUCUGGAAACGUGGACAGGACCAGACAUGCACGGGUUUGUUUGGCGAACAGACGAAAGGAUGAUAUGGAGCAUCACUCACCGUAACACUGGAACAGCUGAAGAGUCAUGGAGUACCGUGGUGAACAAAGAAGAUGUGUUGAAGUUCACUGCCACCAUACCUGACUGGCCAGAAGAAAGGACCAGGUUGAUAAAAGCAACGCCAGAAGGUGCAAUUACCGACUUCAAACUUGUUUGGCGAGACCCGCAACCACAAUGGGUCUCUCCUGGUGGUCGCGUAGUCCAGAUAGGAGAUGCUGCUCACACUUUCUUGCCCAGUUCCGGCAACGGUGCCACUCAGGGAAUUGAGGAUGCGAUUUCAUUGGCAGCUUGUCUCCAUAUCGCGGGAAGGAACAACAUCCCGAUCGCUGUCAAAGUCCAUAAUUUACUACGAUGCGAACGAGUGAACUGUGCUCAGCUUAUGGGCUGUGUCGCACAGACUAACAGGCACACUCUGGACUGGAAAGUGGUUAAUGGAGACAAGGACCAUCUGAAGAAAACCCGAAGGUAUGGACGAUGGAUUUGGAGUCACGAUGCAGAGAUGUAUGCAUACGAAAAUUAUGGGAAGGCGUUGAUGCAUCUGACUACUGGGACACCCUUUCAGAACACAAACAUCCCGCCAGGGUAUACUUGCAAGCCAUGGACGAUUGCAGAUGUGCUAAACAAGCGAGAAGCGGGAGAGUCAUUGCUUAGUGUUGGCGACUGGAGCUGA